AGACCAAAUUUCCGGAACAAACUUCUCUUUCCGUGUAUUCUGAGGGUUCGGCGACGCAUCAUAGAACAGCAUUCACUCCGGAAAAUCCUAGAGUCUCUGCAAACAUUCUCCCCAAUUCUCCUUUUUAUUGUUUUUAUCGGAUUUAAGAUAGUUACCUUCACAGCAGCAGCGAACGGGCUGAAGUACGGUACUGAUAGUCGCCAACUCCCACAAUGCGCUAAAGGCACAAGUGCCGCGUACAAGAAAAGGAGCUUCUCACCUAUUACAAAACGAGUCUUCAACGGGCUAUCCGCCAUAUUGCUCGCAACAUAUUUCGGAGAAGCGGCGAUUUGUGUUACUCAUGUGGUGAUCGCCCGUUCUGAGCAGCGGUGGUGCGGGCAAUCUGUCGUGAUCUAUAUUACCGGGUCUAUGUUUUUCUAUAUAGUCCUUCUGAUAUCCUUCAAACGGACCACCUCCCACCCGACAGCUACUCAAUUGAUAUGUUGGUCUGUCGCCAUCCCUAUCGAAGUGGCCAUUCUAUGCACUUCCUUGAUCUUGUACUGCUCACUCCAUCGUGAACGAGCAAUAGGGGAUUCUUUAGGGCCUUUGGGAGGCCUAGUUCUGAAAGGGUUAAGCCCAUGGGAAAUUAUGGAAGUUGUCGCAAACAGUGUCCGCAUCGUGACUCUUGUCUCUCAAGUCCUGAUUUACACCAGCAAGUCGGGUCUUCUUGCAAGCAAAAGUGAGAGUUUACAUGACCAAUUCAAUGAAGCUACAGAGACUACUAGGCUGUUGGAUUCUUCCGGGGGCAACCAUAUGAACAGCCAGAUUCCUGAGCCAGUACACGAUGGCUCACAGGAUCCCAGCAUCCACCGCACAACAUUUCCCUUUGGAAACAAGUGGAAGUAUCUUAUGGGCUAUUCGAUUUUCCUCCCUUAUAUGUGGCCAUCAAAGUCGCAUGGACUCAAGCUCGUGAGGCUGGCUUGUCUCUUCUUGCUUGUAGUUCAGCGAAUAAACAAUGUGAUGACGCCUAUUCUGGUUGGGGUGAUCAUAACAGCCCUAGCAAACCAACAAGAAGCACAUGCGUUCUAUGUUGUGUGGCCACAGAUUACACUUUAUGUUUUCUCUAGGUGGUUGCAGACAGGCUUAAGCUCUCUACGAUCCGCACUUUGGAUACCAGUGAGCCAAUAUUCUCGCAUGGAGCUGUCAACAGCUGCCUUUGAGCAUGUCCACAACCUCGGGCUGGACUUUCAUCGAAAUAAAAAAACGGGAGAAGUGUUAUCGGCAUUGAACAAAGGCAAAUCGGUCACUGGGCUUCUAGAACAGGUUGUCUUUGAGUUCAUUCCCACUCUAUUAGACUUAUUUAUCGCGAUAGGCUACUUUCUGAUUGCUUUUGAUGCCUACUACGCUCUGGUGGUUGGAAUAUCAUCUUUCGGCUAUAUUUAUGUCACUAUUCGUAUGGGCCUCUGGAGAGCACAAACCAGGAGAGAAAUGGUCAAUGCAUCACGAUAUGAGGAUGCUGUUAAAAAUGAAUCGGUGGUUGCAUACGAAACAGUGAAGCUUUUCAAUGCAGAGCAACAUGAGUUUCAUCGAUACCGCACUGCUGUUAGAGAUUAUCAGAAAACUGAGUACUAUUCGUCUCUGCGCGGCACAGUGCUUAAUACUGUCCAAAACACUGUCCUGAUGACCGGGUUACUCUGCACGUGCUUUAUUGCUGCAUACCAGGUGUCCACUGUUCAGCAACCCGUGGGUUUGUUCGUGACCCUGUUGAUGUAUAUGGCACAGCCCCAGGGCCCACUGGGAUAUUUAGGUUCCUUCUACGCCUCCAUCCAAUCGUCUUUGAUUAAUGCUGAGCGUAUAUUGGAACUCUUCCGAGAACAGUCAACAGUCGUGGAUAGCAAGCUUGCUACGCCGUUAGUUGCCUGCAAAGGAGAGAUCCGGUUUCAGAAUGUCCAAUUUUUCUACGAUGACAGAAAGGUUCUCUUUAAUGGACUUACAUUCACUUGCAAGCCAGGGACCACUACAGCCCUAGUUGGAGAGUCUGGAGUGGGUAAAUCGACCAUCUUCCAGAUCUUGUAUCGGUUCUACAACCCCGCAGAUGGCAGUGUUCAUGUUGACGGAUAUGAUGUGCGGGACCUCACUGGGGAUUCUAUUCGCAAGCACGUUAGUAUAGUGCCACAACAUCUAGCACUCUUCAACGAGUCCCUGAUGUACAACCUGAAGUACGCGAACCAGAAUGCCACCGAUGAGGAGGUCCAUAACGCUUGCCGCGCUGCUGGUAUUCACGACAAGAUAAUGGCAUUCCCCGAUGGCUACGAUUCCAAAGUGGGAGACCUCGGCCUACGGCUUAGUGGUGGCGAGAAGCAACGCGUGGCUAUUGCUCGCACAAUCCUCAAAAACACCCGUAUCAUCCUUUUGGAUGAAGCAACAUCUGCCCUUGAUGCUGGUUCCGAAACCUUUAUUCAGAGGUCCCUGAAGGCAUUCUCCUAUGACCGCACCAUACUAGUGAUUGCCCAUCGGCUUAGCACAAUAACAGCAGCAGACUGUAUCCUAGUCCUGCACGAGGGCCGAGUGGUCGAAAGAGGAACACACGCUGAGCUUCUAGAACUAAAUGGUCGGUAUGCAGAAAUGUGGCGAAACCACACCCGGGAGUAAGCCGA